UCUUGGUAGGCUACUAUGAAAAUGAAAAGUGUAUGCAUUCUUCUGUUUUGUAAGUAUUCUAUACAUUUAUUUUUAAAUUAAAUUAGUUUGUAUUUGAAAAUGGAAUUUUGAAUUUAAUAUAAUUGGUUUUGAACAUAACAUGCUCAUGGAAUGAAACAUUAUAAUAUUUAUACAGAAUUGAGCAAUAUCAAAAAUAAAUUAAUUGGCUUAUGGUAUUAUAAAAAAAAUAUUGUAUCAUAAAUCCUCACUUUCUAUUUAUAAUUUGUUGUUUAGAUUCUCGUAUUUUUUUACCAGUUACUUAUUUUUAUUUUUACUUGGGAAGAUUUAUAAAUCUAAAUAUUUCAUUAAUUUUAUUUAAAAUAUUGCAAGAAAAUAGGCCAUUCUAUUUAAUUUAUUAGGUAGUAAUGUAAAACAAAAUCAAUUUGAAAUCGAAAACUUCAAAAUAUGAGCUAACAGUAUUUUAAAAAUUGAAAAAUCAAAUACAGUUUCCUAGUAAAAUUUGGUACCUACCAAUCAUCGAUUUAAUACACCACACUUGAUAAAAAUUGAGAAUAGGUGUCAACAUAGCGUCCGUAAAUUUCUGUAAAUUUCUGUAAAUUUCCGUAAAAACUCAUGAUAAUAAUGAAAUUUGUGGUUUAUUUAAAUUAAUUAUUAUUAGGAAAAAUACGAUAUAUAAGUACUAUAAAUAACUAUAGAAUAUAGGUAAUAAUUAUUUUAGUAAAAAAAAAAAAUAAUUUUAUUUUGUUACAAUUCAAAAACUAAUAACAGUUCUAAAGAGUUAAUGAAAUUUCCGAAAAUUUUGCUGAUUUUAUGAUAAUACAAAUUACUCAAUUAAUUUUUAUCGGCGUUUUAAAUUCGAAUUUAUGUUAAAAUUGAUUGAAAACAAGAACUACUGGAUUGUUAUUUAUAGUUACAAAUUAACAAAAUUUGUUGGUAUUAAUUUUCUCAAAACGUGUUUAACCGAACUUCGCCAAGAAUCGAUUUUUUUUUUCGAUUUGUCGUCGAAUCUAGGUAUAAACUAAAUCACAAACAUAUUGUAUCUAAUACCUUCCCAAUUUAUCAAUUACACCAGUAGGCCAUUUGUCAUGGUAUAAAGUACAUCGGAUUUUUAAAUUUAUUCAGUCUUUUUUUUAUUCGUUUGAUACCUACUCUGACGGUGUACCUAUUUACAAUAAUUGUUUACAUAGGUAGUGGCGUGCUCGAGAGUUAUCAAUGGGAGGGGAUGUAGCAAAUAAGAAUCAGAAAUAAAUCGUAAAUUAAUCUUUUCUACCCAAAUUGACUGUAGGAAUUGAUAAUUUAAAAGCCGGAUCCUAUAAAAGGCCAAUUUCUAAUCAAUAUGUCAAGUUUUUCUCGUAAUUUGGCUGAAAAAACUUGGCAUUUUGUCAUUAGAUUACUCAUAUUUUGUUUGUAUUUUAAGCUAAUGGGAGGGAUAUAAACCCCUCCCCCUGCGAACAUCAUUGUACAUAGGUAUCUAUCAUAUACGCAUACGGUGUGAGCUUCGAAUUAAAGAUUGUAUUUUGAAAGUGUGUAAUGAUUUGUCGUUCUUUUGAAAUUAUAAACUAAAAUAAAAGGUACCUACAUACUUAUCUUUAAGUUUUUACUUGAAAAAAAAUUAUUUACCUAUAUUAUCUUAAGUCCCAGUCAAUAUAAAAAUAGAUUUGGGGGUGGACACCCCUUACACCCCCUCCGUAAAAACGCCACUGGAAUUAUAUUGUAUACUGUCUAUGACGCGAGAUUAUCCGGGACAGUAUUUAAAUUUUAAAUUAUGGAAAAUAAAACAGUAUGGUUGUAGGUAAUUUAUCGGGCUGUCAAAAAAAAAAAAGAAAAAACCCGUAGUUACUUAGGUAGGUUUUAUAAUAAUUAGUUUUAUGACAAGAUAUUAAAAUUAAAAUAUCCAACCGAGAUAGGUGACCAUGAUCCUUUUUAAUAUGAUUUUUUUGUAUUACGUAUUAUUUUUAAGAACUUCUCUACUCAAAAUAUUGACGCGGUGAUAAUUUCAAAAUAUUUUCGAGACUAUAUAGGCAGGCAUUCGAAAUAUACGAGGGUUUUUUUUUUUGGCUUUAUUUGUAUUAGUAGUGUCUAUAGAGGUAUUUAAAACUCAAUAUUUCCUGUAAAAACACGAGAUUUGAGCGUAAAAAUCGCGAGGGCUGCAUGGGUUGAAACCACCUAAAGGCACUUAUUAUCUUUGAUACUAACGCCAUUCGUUUACAUAUUUUAUUCUCUUGGCUUCCUCUGAUCUGUUACCUGUAAUUUCAAUAGUUCAUCUAAUAGAUUUGAGUUGACUCAGUCUAAAUCAAUCGACAUACGAUAAAUUGACAAACAUAAUUAGGUAUAGGUUACCUACCUUACGUUUUUUAUUCAACUGUAGCGGUGCAUUAGAUAGUACGUGGUCAUGUAAACCUGCAGCUUACAAUAUUCUAUAACGCGUCGAUGUUUACCGUCUCACCCUUACCUGCUUACCAGUUGUUUAAGAAUUUCAUUAUUUUAAUUCGAUAAUUAAUUUUAGACGUUCGUGUUUAAAUGUUUUUUUUUUUUUUUUUUUUUUUUUUUGUCAUUGGCAGAACGGAAAAAACCGUAAAUCGAAAGUAUAAAAGUAAUAAUAAUAUUAUACUAUCGUAAAACCAAUAUUAUUGUGCUUGCAACUGUCGCGACGGGGGUUAAUUAUAUUUUAAGUUAACAUUAAAUUAUAUUAUAGGUCUCUGUAUAGGUAUUGAUGUGCCUAUAGGUGGUACCUACUCGUACAUAUAAUACGUAUUUUUCUCCGGACAUAAUGAAACUUCAAACCCCCCGUCGUCGUCGUGGGACAGUAUCGUGAUUUCGCGCAAUUUGUCACCACGAUUUGUGUCACUCACUGCGUAGAAAAAAAAAUAUAUGAUAAUACUUAAUAAUAAUAAUUCCGCCACAGAGUUUAGAACUUAUAUUAUGCACAGUGGUAUAAGUUUAUAGGUAGGCAUUACUGCACUGUUCGAUUCUCAUUGAUAUAAUACUGAUAAUGCCCUAAUACAUAACGGGUAUUAUCGCGCCGCCGAUGAGUUGACAAUUGUAUUAUUAUUAUUCAUAUUCUGAACAUAAGAAUGGACAGGGUUGGGCAGUAUCUUCGAUACAAGUAUCCUAAAGACAAUUGUAUCUCGUAUCGCGAAACAGUUCUGAAAAGUAUCGACUGUUUUGAAUUGCGAUACUAAAAUCAAUAUAGUAUAGGUACCGAGUAUUUAUAGAUAUACUAGUUUUCAAGUAUCUUGCUCAUAGGCGCACAUUCCUCCUCCCCUCGCUAUUCGAAAAAUACAUUAAAAAUUGAAAGUGAUUGUUUCGACUCGAAUCCACGUCCAGAUAAAUAUUCGCUCCGGUUGUGUCUUUAUAAAUACAAUUAUUUAUUGUGUAUACACGACAGUGCAUAAACUGUAAUAUAUUAUGUUAGAGAAAAACUUUUGAUAUGGAUAUCGCUAUCUGCAGGGUAUUAUAUAUCCGAGAAUUUUUUUUUUAUGAUUACCUAAACGAAAAAACCGAAAGUUUAUACCAAUAGAUAAUUUUAAAUAUUGUAUUUACGCUGAGAAAAAUAAAACAAAUACGGUGCCACAACCACACAGAUAAAGUUCUUCUUUAUGUGUUGCGCAAUUUUUCGAUAACUCCAUCAUAAAUACGGAUUACGGAAAGACGAAAGUUGUUCCGCGCAAAACAUUUCGAACUAUCGAAUUACAUAGAUACCAUAUAUUAUUUGAGUUAUGAGCACGGUUAUCUACUGCCGGUAGUCGUUUUUAUACGUGUUUAAUUUUCACAUUUUCACAUUUAAUAGUCUGAAACACGUAAUUUCUCAUCCGGAAUUAAAAUCGAAAUUCGACCCCGCGUUUUAAUUUCACGAUUCAUAGCCGGUAUUUACAUUUUCAGCGCCUUGGAGGUACCUACCCUUUCAUGAGAACAUUUUUUUGAGCUACAUAUUUACAGUUGAAAGUACUGUACAUAAUUUGAACCCUGCCGUUAAGCAAAUGCAAAUGGUGGAUUGGGGUUAAUAUUAAAAGAAAAACAAAACUACUAUUUUAACGUGUCCUAUAAAAGAUUAUGACUCACCUCUUUGAAGUGUAGCGCUCGGGGCCAGCCCCCCCCCCUCCCCCCAUAAACACAUCACUGUAGGUAUAGCGACGAACGUAUUUUAAAUAACACUUGUUCGGUUUUUUUUUUUUUCAACCGAUGUUCAAUAUUAAACUUCUAUCAAUAAAAACUUUUGAUGGGGCCACUGGCAAACUUCCUCUCGUCGUUUCCGCCGAUUGGGCGUUGUCCUCGUAAUACGCGCAUAUACCUACGCAUAAAGUGUACGCAUUAAUCUAAUGGCCUGCGCCGAUAUUGCCGAACCGCGCGUCCGAUGAUCCACCCGCCGACUGUUUGCAUUUAAGUAGUUCCAUACUUCCUAUACAUUAUAUAUGUAUAUAAAUAUAUAGAUGUUAAGUAUAAUAAAAUGUUUUAUUGACGGUAAAAAUAUAAUACAAAAAUAAUGCAAAAACUAUAAGGCGAGUGUCGUGUAUAAAGGCGUAUAUUAUAGAAAACAAUAGGUAAAGCUAUAUGCAGCAAUGCGCCUAUACAGUGGUGCCGAAAGCAGCAGUCAAGGGUGGCGCUCGCCAUCCUUCUUUUAAUGGAUGGGUGGUGGUGGAUCCAUGACGGGUAUCUGAGGAUUAUAGUUUUUUUUCUGUUUUUUAAAAAUGCUGUUGCGAAUAAAGCAAGUUUUAUUUUUUUACCACCGGAGAAUGGCGAGGUGGUUUUACUAUAGCGCGUGCUUUUUUUCUCUGUCUGUGAACAACUUUUCGAAAAGAAAUCUUGAUCCGGCGUAUACAUUAUAAUAUCUAUUUUGAAAGAAAAAUUUGUCUAGUCAGUGCAUGAGGUCAUUUUUUAUUUUCCACGGGGUUUUCGAAAUAGUUGAGAAAAAUCCGAAAGAAAAUUAUAGGUAAAACGAUAAAUAUUUACGGCGCGUCGCAGUGUUACUGAUAUCAUUGUUUUUAAUUUUGCAAACGAUGUUUUCUAUAAAGAAAUCUCCUCUCUAAUUGAAAAAUGACAUGAGAUUUUGUUUCUUUUAAUAUAUAGCAACUGUCAAAGAAAGCGAGUGUAAUUCGUGAUCUUUCUGGUAAGAGUUAAGAAAAACCGGAAAAUACGUAGAAGGAACGGGGAAAUGUACGAAAAUAAUUCUUGUAUUAAAUUUUGUUUUUCCAAUAUAAUUCAGUUUAAAAGUAUUUUCAGAGUCUUGAAAUUUGGACGGAAAACAUUUAUUUGCUUUUUUUGACCGUGGUCAAAUUUUCAUGACAUUUGAGCUAUUUUUUAGCUAUUUAUAAACAUUUAUUUUUUCGAGUUUUUUACGUAAUUUUUAUUUUGAUAGGUAGGUACUCGCGAUUUGUGGAUACAAUUGUUAGACCAUACAGAAAUGCUUAAACAUUUGACAGGAGUUCCAUUACAAGUCGUACAUAGUGGUCAAACAAAAUCGAGUGUAAUGUAGAAUUUGUAUUUUUUUUUUUUUUGUGCAAGAGUUUAUGAAAUGUUGACGAAAAUCCUAAUUAUUAGUCUUUGAAAACAUAUAUAACCGAACUUUGCUUAUAAUAAUUUUACGUUAGCAAUAGUUUAUCGUUGGUUGCAAUUAUAAAUUAAAUAACUUUAUGUAUUCCACUGUCUCAACUACCCACCUAAAACAGUGGCCACACCCGUCCUCAGUAUCAGGUCUUCUUUCUUAUUGACAUAAAGUACCGCCAUGCGAAAAAUUCGCAUAAUUGUAGAAGGUGAAUAAUUUUUCUAACAGAAAAAAAAAAAGUUGACACGCGCAUAUACAUCUUAAUAAAACUAUAAUAGCUCCGUCGCGUUACGCCGCCACACACAGAACAUUAAACAAAUUUAUAUUGAUUUAUAAAUAAUUUUGAACCGACGCCUAAUACCUAUUCGAUACAAGUAUAAUAUUAUAUACCUUAUUUAUACGAAUGUUGUGUUGGACGAUUUUUUGUAGAAACAUUUAUGUACAGUGGAAAUAGAGUAAUUGUGGGUUUGUUAAAAAUUAUAUACAUUUCUGAACUGACUGCAGUUUUUGUUUGAGGCAUUAUACGAAUAAUUAUACACCACCGCGACUAUAUAAAUUAUAAUUAAUAUCUGAGUAACAAAUUGAAACGAGAAAUUUUCGGAAAUAUUUUAUACCCGCAUAUUCUUUACUAGUAUUAUAAUAUUUCAAUGCAAUUUUAUCAGUAUCGCAACGACUCGGCAAGUCGAAAAGUACAUUUUUCAUUAUUAUAAAUCGUAGGCAGAAAAACGACCCUCGAUAUUAUUUAGACGAGCAAUAACGUACCAACGGGGUGAUAUAUUAUUAUGGCAAGUCCGGAUAGCUGUAGACCGCCGUUAAUUUAUUUUUGUUCAAUAAAAUACGAUUGGGUUAUUGUUGUUUUCAAAUUGAACGGUUGAAAAAAUGGGUGGUUCCAGUACGUGCAAUGCAGAAUGUGUCGAUAAGCGACGAUGUGACCGUUAGAGGUUUUUCCAUACACGAUAUACACUGGAAAGGAAUAAUGUUACGAAAUUUAGUUCUUUUUCGUAAAGCCGGUAGGAAUAUAUGGGCGCCUAUUCUGAGUACGAUGUUAUAAUUUACGUUAAUUAAUUCGCGUGAUAAUAUUUUUUUUUUUUUUAGUUCGAAAAAAAAAGCCAGCGUUUUCGCGAUUGUAUAGCUCGGUAGGGAUCUAUCUGGCGAUAUUUUUGAAAUGUCAACAUUUGUAUACGGGGUAACCUUUACCGGCAAACUCCCUCGGCGAGACUUUUUAAAUGUCAUCGCAGAAAUUGGGUCAUUAUGCAUACCGAUAUUAUAUUAUGUAAUACCGUACCUGCGCGAUGGCUGAUGAUUACCACUGUGUGCAGUGCCGGCGGAACGCACGCGCGACCCGUGCGAACAGGGCGGCAAAUUUUUGGGGCUGCAUCGUUUAUGAAUAAAAUUAUGUGUUUUUCACCAUUGCUCAUUAUAUUUGCCCGUUGUGAAUCUAAAAUAAGAAUAAUGCACAUUACGUUCUUUUCACCGGUACUGCGUCGUAUUAUAUUAUGUAGUAUUAGACAUAAGUGCCCAUUAACAAACAAUGCAAUAUGGGAUAGCCGCCGGCGUUGUUGUUCCGCGCGGCCAUCUUUACGGUUUCCCGUUGGCAAACAUGAGCCGAAUCAAAUCACGAUAAUCACGGUCAAGUCGAAUAGACGCGCUUAAACCGUUUCGAUAUUACAUAGGAGAAAUGUAUGAUGUUUUAAUCAGAAAACACAAAUUUAGAUCCAACGGUGAAACAUGAAGCUAAAUGCCUAUGCUAUUUCAUAAAAAAACGUUUAAAUUGAUUUGUUCUGUUGUCAUUUGGUACGACAUACCCCUUAAUCAUAUAAUCCAAUCGGUAAAUUAACGCAAAAUCCAAAUUUUGACAUUAGAAGUAUUAGGAUAUUUUCAAUUUUGUAUUAGCAUUUAUAUUUGUUUAAUCUAACCUAAGCGGUUAAACAGUGAGAGCUCCCUAUUCCUACCAUUAGACAUGUUUACGAACAAUUUGAAGUGGGUACAGAAACAUCUCUUUUUGCUAUUUUACUGCCCACUGCUUCAUAGAUAAACAACUUCAAGCCGUCACUGACAUUCAUCAUUACUGUAUUUCAGGAACGACUGGAUCUAGACAUUUUAAAUUUUGCAUACAAUUUCUUAUUUAUAUAAUGAAUUGUAUAAAUAUACAAGGUGAUCAAUCUAUCAUAAGACACUCGUUAUCUCGGAAAGUAUUCAACUUUUUUGGGAAUUUGUUUUCUAGAAUAUUUAAGAAACAAGUUGCUCUACAAUUUUUAUAUUUGUAUUAUUUUUUUAUUACCUUCAUUUUUCGGGAUAAAACCACUAUCUGUUUUUGAUUUUAAAAUGGUAACCUGUAAAAUGUCCAUUAAUAGAUGGAGUAUAAAUAAAUGUUGGUGUUGAAAUGUUUGAUUUCCAUCAAUUCAUUGACGAGAUAUUUCACUUCUAAGUUAUUACCAUAUGAAAAUUAAAAGUAGAUAGUUGUUUUACCCCUAAAAAUAAUAUAAAUAUAAAAUUGUAGAGCAGUUUGUUUCUUAAAUGUUCUAGAAAAUAAAAUCUGGAAAAAGUUAAUACUGUCCGAGAAAAUGAGUGUAUUAUGAUAAAUUGUUGAUCACCCCGUACGUGUGUGUGUGUUAUGAAGAAAAUUAGGGAAAUUCGACCCCUAAAUUAAACGAAUCCGGUCAUCAAAAAACGAAAAAAUUAUUUAUCUCGGUUGAAUAAAUGUGUUAUUUGUAUUUUUUUUUUUUUUUAUAGCUUCUAGCACAAAACUAUUAUAGCUCAACAAUUACAGUACUUAAAAUAACAGAAAGAUAAAACAACGUAAAAAUAGAAAUAUAUGUCAUUAACAUGGGAUUAAAUAUUUCAAAACAAAAUAAUCAUAAUGAAUAACAUGUAUCAUCAUCAAUAAAUAGAUACAUAAUGGUGAUUAAAUUAAUGAGGUAGAGAUAAUUGGGCUAUGGAAUUUGUUGUCUGUGCAGUGCGCCUGUAAGGAGGGAAAUGAGGGAAUUUUUAAACGCGGAAAGUUCUGAAAUAAAUUUGGAAAAAAGACUGUCGUUAAUAGCGUUAUUAAAUAAUAGAAUAUAAUAAGAAUCGGCGGUGGAGGCGUAAGAAGCCUUGGGUGGGUGAGAAGAUGAUUUGAGAAUAGAAGACGUGAGUACUGUGUUCGGAUUUUGACAAAUUGAAUGGGUUGUUGAGCGACGUUUGAGCAGUGUUUUAUAUUUUGGACAUCCUUUGUAACCGGAAGUAUGAUCACCCGCGCAAUUAUUUGUAUUAUUUAUGUGCAUUUUAGUUUUCAUGGGAAUAUACAGAACAAUAAUAUUUUAGUUUGUGAAUGUGGCGAAAAAGCUACUCUAUAGUUUUACUAAGAUUUUUUUCAGUACAAUUUUUUUGUGAUUAGGUAUUUUUUAUUUUAGCGACAUUUUUAACCCGACGGUACUGUAUUAUCAAAGGAUUUUUAUUAAUACCUACAACACAUUAAUAUAUUACGCAUGUUGGAUAUUUGAUAAAUAGUAUACACGUUCCUAUAUUGCUUUUUUAAUCUACGUUUCGAUAAUUUUGGAUAUGUUUCGUUUAGAUUUUGGAUUAUUACAAUUUCAAAUUGAAGUGCACAGCAAAAGAAGUUCACUUUUCGAAAUUGUUCCUUUUUAAUUUUUGUCUAGAAUUUGAAGACAAACUUGCAUUAUUAUUCAACCAAAUUUUGUAGCACAUAUCGAACACAUUGAAACUAUCAAAAAGUAAUUUUGAACUUGCCUUGUUGUUGCAUUGAGUCUUUCAAUUAUAACUUGGACGGGUUUAAUAUAAUUUAUUAUUUCACGCCGUCGUCAUUCUCGUGGGAGCAUAAUAUGAAUCAUAUUAUCCUCCUCGUGCCUGGUCAAAAUAUCGGUUUACUCACUAGGUAGCUAAUAUUUUAUUGUUUUUCAAAGCAAUUUUGACCACUUCGCGACUACGUGACGAGGACCACCACGGAUUGGAUUUUUCAUUUUUUCCCGCGUUUCACCGCGAUAAAUUUGUUAUUAUUUUUAUCCAAGUUUCUAUAUAUUAUAUAAUGUGAUUAUUUUCCAAUAUAGGUUCAAUAUAUAUUUACGGUGACAACAUAAUAAUGUUAUGAUAUUAUAUUUUCGCAAAAUAAAUGUAUUCUUGCAGCAACACUGAUAGCGUUAUAUACAUACUUAUAUGCAGGGUGAAUAUAAUCUAUCGUAAGACACUAAGACACUAUUAUUGUCCCGGGGAAAAUUAACUUCUAUCGAAAUUUGCUUUAUAGGACAUUUAAGAAACACACAGAAUUUGUCAUGAUAUGGGCGGACAAUAUUGAUUUAUUUUUUUUGUCAAAUUUUUGUUAGUAAUUUUGUUUUAUUGAACCUAGCGUUAAUAAGUUAUAGUUACUUUAUGAACAAAUCUAACUAUAGUGAAUAACUUUUCGCGGUGUACUAACAAUACAACAAGUUUAAAAGUUAUUAAUAGGAGUAACUUCUAACAUUCGCACAAGUCAGUGUCCAGCCUUGAAUCGAUUCGUUAUUCUAUUUAAAUUAUUCGAAUAUGUUUUGGUUAGGUGAAACCAUUGCGGUUAAUUAGUAAGAUAUAAUUUAUAAAGAGUCGUCGGCAUAAUAACUCUUUAUGCACUUCGGUUUUUUACUAUAAUUAAAGAAACGUGUACAUUCAUUAUGCGUUCUAAAUAAUUGUAAUAAUUUUUUGAAUUUAAAUUUACGUUUCAGACAUCUUGACAACAACGGCGUACGAUCAAAAUGGAGAUUUUAAUGAAAGACCGACUGGCAGAAAAUUAUGCCCCCCAAUGGAAAACAUUCCGCAACCAAUUAAUCGAGUCAACACGUCUGCAAUUCUUCAAGAGUAAAUAAUUAAAUUAUACAUUAAAAAAUAAUAUAAUAUUAUCAGGGUUGGUCGUAAUGUCAUUAGUUAUUACGCCGAAGUUUAAAAUAUAAUUGAUGGAAAAUUCAACGAAGGAUAUCAUACAUUUAUAUUAAUGAUGUACAAUAAAAAUAUAGAUUAUUAAUUGUUUUACAUUACCUAUAUGUUUGUGUAUUUUUCAAUAUCGGACAAAUUUAAAGGAAUUGAAAGUGGUGAUUUCUGUUUUAUUGUUUUCUGUCCAUCCUCAAGUACACGCGCAACAUAGGAACUAUAUACAGAGUUACCUAUGAAGAUAUGCCCAUUAUAAUAUCUCCGGAGAUAACAAAGAUGAUCAACUUCUGUUUUUUUUUCAUAAUAUAUAAAUUGCUAAAAAAAAGUAACUUUUUAUUUUAUUAUUUUUGAAUAAUUUGAAGAUAGCUUUUUUAUUUUCUUCUAAAUGUAAAGUCAUUUAAAAAUUGAAUUAUAAUUAUUCUAACUCUAAAUUCGAUUUUAAGAGUCUUUAGGUUUGUUUUACGUAAUAAACACAUUUUCGACACAUUCAAUACGUUAAAGAAGUACAGAGACGAAAAAUUAUAUUGUGGCCAUUGACGUAUGCAAGGGGGUAUAAAGUUAUGCCCCUGCAAUACUGCGUAGUCUUCACUUCUGCAGCUUCAUGUAGAGACCAACAAUUGUUCAAUAUGCAUACUUAAACUAGUUAAACUUCGGACAUUUUUACAAUUUCUAUUAACACAAACUGCUGUUAAUUAUAUCAUAUACCAUGAUUGAACUUGUGGGAGUUUUCGCAUUAUAUUUUUAAUAGGAGACUCAAUAAUAUUUAAUUAUAUGUUGGAGCUCUAUUUUUCUAAUUGCAUAAUUCGUGUAUGAAAUUUGCGUACGCCUAUGUAUGUGAUUACUGUAUGUAUUUUACAUUAUGACCAAUCCAAAGGUAAUUAAUAUACUAAUACAGUAUACUAUAAUAUUGUAUGAAUCGCCUUGUUUAAGAUUAAGAAAGGAAAUGAAGAAAGCAAAAGCAUACCAUGGACCUCCACUUGAUGCAUACAUAAUACCAGAUACGGAUGAACAUCAAGUACUAAUUCAUCAAGUAUUAUUAGAAAUUACAUUUUAAUUUUUACGGUGUUAAAGUUUGUCGAUAUCCCGUUUCAAUUAGAAACUAUAAAAGAUACCAAUACAGUUUUGUGAGUUUCAGAUUCGUAGAAUUUUAAAAUAGAUGUAUAGAUCAGCUAGGUAGACAAUGGAUAUUAUAUAACUAAAUAGAAAGUAUAUAUGUACCUUGAUAGUUGAAUCAGUUAGCAUAAGCUUAAUUAUUUUUAAAAAAGGGUGAUUUAUUUAAUACUGAAUAACUUCAAGGAGGAGAAUGUGACGUUGUUUAUCCAUAAAUUGAUGGGUGGGUGAGUCAAGAGUUCUUCCAGACUCGCCUGUGAUGUAAGUACACGCCGGAACUGUACCAAUAUAUAUAUAUAUAUUAAUAUAAAGGUUAGGGAUUGUAAAAAAUAUAAACAAUUUUAUUCAAAUUUCUAUUUCGACGUUUUGGUUACUAGUAAAAAGUUAACAAUUAGAAAAUUGUUUUAAGCAGAGUAGUAAGUUCAUGUCAAGGGUAAGGUUAUUAAAAUGUAUCCAAUACUAAUUUUAAUUUUAUAUUUUAUUCCAGAGAACAGUGCCUAGAAAUAUUUUAUUACAUAAAUAUAUUAUGCUUAAGGGCAUGAGGGUAAACACCCCAUUAUGAUCUCACCUUGGACCUACUUCUGAUAAAUUGGUAGAUGGUACAUCAAUUUUUCUCGCAUAACACGAAAUACAGAUCGACGACACUGUGUAACUGCAAUUUGCCAGUAUUAAAUUUCGAACAUGAUAACCGUUGAAACAAAAUAAUUUUAAUAAAUUCAUACAGCGGUGGCUGGAAUAUACGUUGUUUUAGUGGUUCACUGAACCACUAAUUAUUUAGGGUGGAUGGGUUUUGGGUUGUUCAAAUUUUAACAAAAUUCCAUGCAAAAUUCGAAUGAUUUAAUUCUAUUGCCAUCUUUAUCUUAUAUAAUUAUCAGAAAAAAAUAACGACGUACCUGUAAUCUUAAUUAACCUUAUAGCUUAUCUUAACUUUAACUAUUCUAUGCUACUUUAUUUAUAAAAUAAAGAACCACCCCUAAUAUCAUUUUCGCCUGUUACAUUACGCAUAUAUAUAAUUCAUACAGAACGAAGAAGUCGCAGACCAUGACAAAAGGUUAAAAUACGUGUCGGGAUUCAGUGGCACUGGCGGGAUAGCUGUCGUCACGCAGACUAAAGCAAUUUUUUGGACAGAAUGGAUGUACUACAAACAGGCGGACGAAGAACUGUCGUGCGACUGGCAACUGUUGGUCCGCGGAGAAUCGGUAGGUGAAAUUUUCGGCUAUUUCUGAUCAACUAUAUAUAUUUAUUUUUUCACCUAACCUAAAGGCAAGAGCGUCUGUAGAAUGGAGCGAGGAGGGGCAAAGUUCAAAAUUAUACCUAUUAGUGAUGUAAAAAUCAUAAUUUAUCUUAAUUUCCGGCUAUGACCGAGGAAGCCACUGACCUUCCUGGCCCCCUGCGGGUGCUCUUGGCUUUAGAUAUCCAAUGCGUUAACAAUUCUCAUUAUUGUUGUAUUUGAACAACACAUGUAUUGUAGAAGAGAUUGGACGAAUGGUUAGUGGAUGAAUUCAAACCCAAUGCCCGGGUGGCUGUCGACCUGAAACUCAUUUCAAAUGGUGACUGGGAGUUCUUAUACAGGGCAUUAGCCAAUGAAUCCAUCAUCCUGGUGCCCAUCAACAACAACAUAAUCGAUUUGAUUUGGGUGGAAAAUCGACCUAGUUAUCCUAUGCGUGAGGCGUACGUCUGGCCGUUGGAAUACGCCGGUAAUUUAAAUCCUUCUUUUUUUUUUUUUUUGUAAUUUGUUCGGCGUUUGUAUAUUAUUGCAGUAUGCACAUUAUAUCUAAUACUUAAACGUGUAUUUUAUCUAAUUCAUACAAACCCGUAUUAAGUCCAGAAACUAAUAGGGCCACACAUUUUUCACUAUUAAAUUAUAAUUUAUUUUUAAUUAGAUAUAUUAUAGUUUAUGCUAACUAUUACAUAAAAACAUAAUAUGUCAAAAACUUUGGCACUUGAAACCGUAUGACUUUGGGGCAUCCCCCAAUUUAAUCCGAGUUUGAAUUUUAUACUUUUUUUUAUUUAACUCAAUUAUAUAAUUGUUAAAUAAAAAAAGUUUUUUAAAUUUAUGUUAUGCACACGGUUCCGCGAAACAGGUAAGAAAUGGGAAAAUAAGUUGGAUGAAACUCGCGAAAAAAUCAAAGAAAUGGGGUGCGACGCGAUGGUCGUAACCGCUCUGGAUGAGAUCGCGUGGCUGUUGAACAUUCGUGGUUACGACAUACCUUAUGGUCCGUUUCUCAAGUCGUACGCCAUCGUUAGCAAAGAUCAACUGCACCUGUACACUGACCAAGAAAAGCUCAGUAUGUCAGUCCGACAGCACCUGCACACGGACAAUUGUUUUUCGGCCCAUUGUGCCAGGUCAGUAUAAUACGAGUUUAAGCAGAUUUAAGGCACCUUCUUGUGGUUUUUUUUUAUAAAUUAUUAAUAUAAAAAUAGUUAAUUUGCCAAUUACCAAGUCCCAACCAUUCAUUAUAAAUAAUUCAAUUAAUUUUAAUUUUCAUAUUCAGAGACAUGCGCACGAUCUGUUUUUUGGCUCAAAGUGUCAUACUUUACCUACCAUCAGGAAAAACUCUCGUGUCUUGUAAAACGUUCUGCUUUAGUUUUUUUUGAAAAGGAAAACUUUAUAAAAAUGAAAUUAAAAAUUAUUUAGAAAAAUUGUCGAAAUUUACUGUAUUCAAACUCUAAUUAAAUAAAACGGUUAGAAAUAUAAUUUACAAAAUCCAAGUUCACUGCAAAAAGUACUACUCUUUCCAACAAAUAAAAUAAUGGUGCGUCAAAAUCAGUUUACGAGGCAUUUUCCCUUGUUAACUAUAUUUUCGAACGAAACAAUAAGUCACGCGAAUCCACACCGGCCGCGGCAUCUAGUAACUCAAUCUACGGUUUAAUCAACGGACAUCAUAUUACAGCAAAAUUACAUUACAACAUAAAUUUAUUAAGGUAACAUUUAGGUCAAAAUGAGAGUUUAAACACAAACAAAAUUAUGAAAAGCAAAACAUUUUUGAGACCUGAACAUAACUUUUUUCUAAAAAAAUUCCGAUACAGAAAUUUAUAGUCUUGUUAGUUUAUGUUUUCUAAUAGCUAUAACAUUUACAUGCCAUUUUUUUUUUUAGAAAAAUGCCACAUUAAGCCUUAGAAAAUAUUUUGAUCUUCAAAUGUUGUUGUUUGUGUAAUAUAUUUAAAUUUCAAUUUCAAUCUAAAUAUGCGUUCUAAGUCAGGUAAUUUUACCAUGUCGGCCGUUAGUUAGUCUAUGACUAAAAAUGCAGGCGUGGUGUCCUCCCAAGUGUUUAAAACUACUAUUAUUAUACCUCUUAUAUAAUACGUACUAUAUUUCCAUAUUUUAUCAUAAACACGACUUUAUACCGCUACAGGGUUCACGACUACGAGGCAAUAUGGACAGAUUUGAGGACACUGUCGCAAGUAUGGCGAAAAGUGCUCGUACCGUCGGCCACAGAGUUCAAUAGCGGCGCGAGUAGAUGUAUUUAUAUUUUGGUAAGUUUUCGCAUUGUAAUUAUUUGUUUCCGAUCGCAUAGCCCGCAUAAUAAGAACGCGUGUAUUUUAAAUCGACCACUUUCACGUUUCAAAUUAAUUAUAAUUGAAACUUUUUGAUUUUGUUGAUUGGCAACAAACGUCAAAGGUAUAUGCGGGUAGUAUUUUAUAGUAUUAAUCUGUUUAAUGGAAUACGGGUAUUCUAUAGUUUAUACGAUUUAAAUAAAUUAAUAAAAUAAAUGUACCCGAAUGAUAUUAUCUAAAAACUAAAGGCAUAAUAAAUUGCAUCGCUCUCGUCAAUCAUAAUACCAUUGAUCAUAAAUAAUGUAAUACAGUUUAAUAGUAUUUAUAUUAUAAUGAUUACAGUAAAAUCCAUUUAAGAUUAAUAUACAACUAUAUACAAGUGUAAUCAUUUUUUUUUUGUAACACGAAUAUUGUGUACUCAUUAGCGAUAUUAGCUAAGAGAAUACUACACAAAUUAUGUUAUUUUAGUAUUGUAGUUAUUGCAGUGGCGCAACUAAGAGGAAUCAAAGGGUGCGGUCACACCCGGGUCUGUUCAUUUAAGGGGCCCGAAAUAAUAUAAUGUUUUUCUUUAGAUAAUAAUAUGUUAUUCAAUUUUAUUAUUAAUAUUGUAAUAUUAUAACCCGAAUGAAUGCCAAUACUAUGUUAUCACUUAUAAACAAUUAUGUUCAUGAUGAGUAUGGUACCUAUUACUGUGAAAACCGUACAACUUUUAUAGUUUUAUCAUUGUAUACUGAACCUGACGUCGAGUUUUAUUCCUAACAUAUUAUAUUUAUUAAUAAUAAUUAGAUGUGUAUAUUUUAAUAAAGUAUACAAUCAUUUUUUUUAAAAAAAUUUCAGUAAGAAGGAUGUAUUUAUAGGGACAUGUGAGGUGGGCUCAGCUCUCCUUAAUGAAUGAAGAGGCCAUUUGAAAAUUUCCCUUUUGGGUUUAAAACAAAGUUUUAAGUUUUGAAUUAUUAUAAUCAGAGUUGGGGACUUAUAUUGCAUAUUAAAUCAAGCGUUUUAAACAUUUAAUUAUAGCUCUUAUAUAAAAUAGCCCUUAAAAAAUAUUAAAAGAAGGGGAAAUAUGCUAAUAAAAAGCAUUUGUACUUAACUAGGUAUUGAAAUUAGCAAAACAAAAAUCAUCUUCAAAUUUUAUAUUUAAAUUCUUACAUUUUUGUAUUGAUUAAUGCGAAGCGACUACUGACUUAAUAUGCAAGUAGAUAAGAUAACACGAACAAAAAAAUAUAAAAUUGGAAAAUAGAAUUUAGUAGGCAAAAUUAUUUAAGAAUCAUAGAGCGGAAAAAAACUAAGUUUUGUAAUCGCAAAGUAUAAAAUAUGGAAAAAUAACUACCGAAAUAAGUUAAAUAAAGCACUUUAAAAUUUCAUAUUUAAACUCUUUCUAACCUGACAUAAAUGUCUAUAGUACUGAACUAGAUUGAAUGGCACACUUAAAAAUGCUGCAAGUUUUAGCCCUGAUUAUAAUUUGUGCUCAUUUGCGUACCAUAAUAUUAUAGAUACAAGCUGACAAGAGAAAGCAAGCUCCUUCGCCGAUCAUGUACAUGAUAGCGGAAAAAAAUCCCGUGGAAAAGCAAGGAAUGCGGUAUUCACAUGUCCGAGAUUCGGCGGCGAUGUGCAACAUUUUAGCUAAACUCAACGAACAGGUAAUUGCUUAAUGUUUAUUUGUUCGUUGUUCUUUAAUAUUGUGUUAGACGCAUAUAAGAGUCUAUUAUGACCAGAGGUAAAAUUACCAUGGUAUAUUGUUUGUACCCUGAAGCUGGUAGAUAUGACGAGGAUAUAGAUACUAUAAGAUAUAACUAUACCUCUUUAGGGAGUAUUGUUUUCUAAUGAUAAUUGAGUCCCUGGCUUGUGAGAUAAAUAUACUUUUUAUAUCUUAGGAUUUUAGCAACGGGUAAUUAUCCUAGGAUAAUCCUCCCGAGUGGAGUGUUAUGAUUUUAUGGCGGUACAAUUUGUCCACUGGACAUAUUUUAUAGUCGUUAUUUAUCUUCGUUUUAAAUCAAUGUAUAAUUUCAUUAUAAAGUUUCGAAAUGGACAGCAACUCACAGAGCUUGCUGUGGCCAACAUGGUGGACAAGUACAGAGACGAACAGAACCACAGUCGAGGGGCCAGUUUCAGGUCUAUUGUGGGAUACGGGCCCAAUGGGGCUAUACCUCAUUAUACCCCAUCGCCGGCCACAAGCUUGAAACUCGACCACAUGAGUACGUUAGUCAUCGACAGCGGUGCUCAUUAUUGGGGUGAGUAAUGCAUUAUUGUAUUGUAUUAUAUAAGUACUUAUAGCAAUAGAUUCUGUAACUUACGAACGUUUCGAUUAAAACCAAGUUCAAUACAUUUGAUAUUUCAAUUAAAACAAAAUCAUCUGUGAGCAAAAGAACUCUGUCACUAUUAGAGUUCAAUUUUCCCUAAACUAAUUUAUUUAUUUAUUUAUUUAUUAAUACGGACAAAAGUCCAAUUCACAAUAUAUUUGUAUAGAUAAUAAAAUAUAUUUUUUUAUAAAUUUUUUUAAUAAAGGAUUUUCCUAUUUAUUAGGAAACUCCUGGGAAAAUCAAAAAUAAUUACCUUCUUAGAGUACCACCCCAGACAGAUUUCCUUUCAGAAAAAGUUUUACACAAAAUCAGAGCUAAAUUUCUUUUCGAAAAGUUGUUCACAGACAAAAAAGAACACCUAAUGAAACAAAUAGAUCUAUCGCUACGCUUCGGAUUUAAAAUUAAACAUCAUUAUAAAACAAACACAUUCCUCGUUACUCUCCGUAUUUCAAACAAUAUUGUAUUUUGAGUUUUUAUUUGAAUUUGAAACGAAAAAUAUAAGUUUUAAUUUUUACUAUCCAAAAAGAAAUCAAGUUCUAAUUCGAAUUCGUAAAAUUAAUGUAAAUACUUGUCACUGUACAGUUUUACGCUGUCGAAAACUCGACCUGAUCUGCGUAUUUAAUACAAAUGCUCUCGUCGUGUCAUGCCACUAUGAUGGAUUGAGUGACCUUAUGCACCUAUACUAAAUAGAAAGUAAACAAUUUCGAUUAUUUGCAAUUAUAAGUUGUAAACAAUAUUAUAUAAUUUUAUAAUACGGUGUAUAAGUACCAACGUGUAAUAAUAUGUUGACGUCAUGAGUAGAUAAUCGAAAGUGCGUUUUCUAUUUUUGCAAUUUGCAUUGCGUUUGAAAUUAGUCAUAAACCUUUUACUGAUAUGGAACACGUAAAGACGGGUAAUAAUAAAAAUUAUAUUUUCACGUUUUAGAUUCUAAGCGGAGCGAGGGAUAUAUUGGUUUUACGAUGAUGUUUUUUUUUUUCUAUAUACUGUGUACGAAAAUUCUACCAGAAACCUUGCUCCGAUAAACCAAGUGUAGCACUUUUUUCGGAAGUCAAUUUUAUCUAAUAUGGGUACAUAGAUUUUUCCAAGCAGUUUUCGUAAUAAUUGGGGAAAACCUGGAAAAUACGUAAAAAAAACUGGAAAAUGUACGAAAAUAAUGUUUUUGUUAUUUACAAUUUUUUUUUUUUUUAUUAAAAUUCAUUUCAAAAUGUUCGUAGAGACUUGACGUUUGAACAAAAAACUUAUGUUUGCCGUUUUUAGUCGUGGUAAAAUACUUAAGACAUUUGUGCCAUUUUUAAGUUAUUUAUAGACAUUUUAAUUUUGCUAGUUUUUUAAAUAAUUUUUAUUCAGUAAGUACGCUGUGGAUAAAAUGUUUAAACCAAACAAAAAUACAUAAAAAUUUAAUGGGAGGUUCGUUAUAAGUUGUGCUUAGUGGUCAACAAGAAAAAGUUGAGUUUAAGGUAGUUUUUUUUUAUUUUUAUAAUAAUUUUAUUAUCAAAUUUUGAUCAAAAUCGUAAAUAUAACGGCCUUUCAACACAUGUAUAACCGAUCUCCGCUCAGAAUCGUUAUUCGUUAGCAAAGAUUAAUCGUUGCGUACAAAUAUAUAUUAAAUUCCUCCCUAUAUAUCUUACCUUCCCAACUUCUCAUCUACAAGUAGCCUACUCAUCAUAUGAAGUACGUCCGUCUUUUUAACUAACCUUUAUUAUAAUAUGUCCAUAGUUCUUCAAAUAAUUAUAAUAGGUAAUACGGUUCGUUGCAGCGUCAGCGUGUACAAUGUAAACCUAUUACGUUUUACCGAACGCCCUUUAUAAUAUGUAAAGGCCAACGAAAUCCUUAAUAAUUAAAAUGUAUGGUCGGUCUCUAUAUGAAUCAUAUAUAAUAGGCAGAGGUGAUGAAACGUAUAACGUAUGGCCCAUUUAAGGGGCAUGUCACUCCCCUUGAAAAAAUGUUAAUAUUAUAUUUUUUUAAUCAACACCCGGUGACAUUUGUGUACCGUUGUUGUAUAACUGUAAUACUGUUACAAUUAUCUACUGUCAACUAUCCUGUUUCGAUAAUAUAGUAUUAUAAAUAUAAAAAUUAAUAUAAACAAAAAGUGAAUGGAUGUUAUAAGAAGAAAAAUCAUUUUGUCUCUCCCAAAAAGUUAUUGAAAAACGGAUACGAUAUAUUAUACAGUGGCGUGCGCCGUGCGCAGAUAAAGGGAGGCUGGUGGUUAUGCACCGCUCAUUAUUGCCUUAAACGUAUAGCAACUAUAUGAAUAUUUAUUCAGUAAUUUAAUCUUGAAAUGUACGUACAUAUUUCAGCCAAAUUACAGCUUUUAAAUUUUUACCGCGGUCGUCGGGUUAUGGGUAUAUUGAAGAAGACCCUACAAUUUAUUCGUCGUAAUUAUUUACUAUCCCGUUAAUAUAACCCGCCCGUUGAAAAUUCCCAUUCGCGCUAUAGGUAUAUACUGCAUAUACUGCAUAUAGAAUACAGGUGAAUUUUAACAAAAUGAUUAAUAUUUACGGGUUUUUUAUUAUUUUUAUUUUUUUAUAACACACGUGUAUUGCAGACGGUACUACGGACGUGACGCGGACUGUGCACUUCGGACAGCCGUCGACCGUGCAAAUCGAAGCUUACACGCGAGUAUUGAUGGCGUCCAUUGACCUCGCGUCGUUCUCUUUCCCGUGCACCCUGACGCUCAACCAGAUCGACGUGAUCGCCAGGGCGCCGCUCUGGGACUUUAGUUACGACUACAAACACGGCACCGGCCACGGGAUCGGGGUGUUCCUCAAAGUCCACGAACGUAAGUCAGACGAAACGCGUACAAAGAUUACCCAUAGGCUAUGCAUAAUUUACAAUACGUACCUAAAUAAAGUGUCUCGGAGACAAAUCCGAAUUCCCUAUAAUAUAGCACGUGGCGGUCUGCGGGAAAUCCGUAUAGGAAUCAAAACCCCGCAGUAGACUCUUGCGGAACUCACAAAAAAAAAAAAAAAAAGAAUCCCUAGAAACUUAGGAAAUUUCCAGUAGUAUUUCGACAGCGCCAAGCCGAAAUAUUUUUCCGGACUCCGCCGUAGAAUUAUUAUUAUUCGUCAUCGGUAGUAUAAACAAUACGUUAAUAUUCAAUUAUAUUUCCCGUAUAAGAUAUUAUUCGCCUUCUUAUACGUGUAAUAUGUAAGUUGGUAAAACGCCGUCGCAAUUAUUAUAAUAUUGUAAUGUUCAAUCAAUUCCAAUUGUUUAUUUAUAUUCGUUUACGUACCUACAUGUUCGUUGUACAUUAUAGCUCCUGUAAACAUGUAUUACGGACAGAAAUCAAGUGACGUGGUUCUCAAGGAAGGAUAUUUCAUAUCUGACGGUAAGUAUGGUAUAUUACGCGUAGUCGAUAAUUUAAAAAAAGGCAAUAUUAUUAUUGUAACGUGAAAACACGGUUUGACGCAAUUAUGCGUAUUAAUCCGAUGGCGUUACUCGUAAUAUGUCAAUUAUAAAGUGAUAGUAGAAACACUCGCGUAACGUUUGUUCGAACAUUCGCUAUGUUUGUAACGUGUUUUAAACUAUAGAUUUAUAAAACAAAUGUGUCCCACCGUGUUCGACGGACUUUUUUUUUAGCGUUGUUAAUAUUAAAUUUUUAUUUUCAUUCCCUAAACAUAAAAACAAAAAUGUAUUUAUUUAAUCACUUUACGCGAUUUUCAAAAUAGCCAUUUUUAAAAAAAUAUUAUUCUAAACAUUUGAAUGUGUCAUGUGUUCAUAUUCGAUUAAUAGUUGCUUAAUUAUAUAACCGUUUUAAUUUCUUGAAAACAGGCGUGAAAAAAAUUCGUAUUUAAUAGAAGGUAAAGAAUUAUCGUGCUGGUUGUAAGUUCCUCUAAAUAAAAAGUAAUUUUUUUUUUGUCUUUAGAGGAUGAAAAUAAAAAUUUAAUUUUUCUCCAAAUCGAUGACCCCCUUAAAGACAAACCGAAAAAUAAUUGAAAAAUAAUAAAACAUUUUUUAAAAAAAUUGGAAUAUUAACAGCGCUAGAAAAAUCCGUCGAACACGGUGGGACACACUGUCAACAUACUACAGUUUUAAACUGAAAUAUCAGCUUUAAAUAUAUGAAGCGAUAAGAAUAAUGAUUUAUUUUUUUCAAAUACAGAGCCCGGAUAUUACAAAGAAAAUCAUUUCGGAGUCCGUCUGGAAACAAUACUAGAAGUGAUACCGAAAGUAAUAAUUACAAAUUAAAAAUAAGGCACGCAUAAUACGUGUCGUGAGCAAAUUAAGGAGUAUAUCUUAUUAGAUUAAUUUUGUUUUCGUUCCUAUAACCAUCACGCAGAAAUCAUUAACAAUCCCUAAAUCAUGCUGUUUAGCAAAUUAUAAUUACUUUUUUGUAUACAACUAUAAUAACAUGCAGGUAAUAUGACCAAAAAAAAAAAAAAAUAAAAAAAUAACUACGAGCCUAUUCGUCGACAUAGCUCCGUCAUUAUAGAGUUAAACUUUUCACGAUCUAUUUUGUAUUAAGUACCUGUAUAAAUAUUCUUUGUGAAACAUUAAUAAUCAAAUUCACGUACCUAAUAUAACCACUGUACUACAACCGUUAUAUUAAUUCCUAAAAGAUACUUUCCCCCCACCCAAAAACAAGACAAAAACCAAAAGGCCCAAAAGUGAAAAGGUACAUCGUCUUUUACGCGUGUGUCGCGUACGCAUUCCGUUCAGAAAUCUUCGGGGGCGUUCAGAGCUAAACAAUAUUCCUACUUUCGCAACCACUGAAAUCAAUAUUGAAAUUAAAAACCACACUUAAAUCCACCCACAAUACAAUUCCGGUUUCCGGGUUCGGGACCCUUUGGCCCGGGAGGAACUGCCGAAAGUGUCCGAAAGUUGCGGGGAAAAAUACAAAUAUGCAUUGUAGCAGACGCGACACUAGUAACACGGUGCGAUAGUCUCGGGGGAUCAUCGACGAACACCGAAAAAGCUUUUCCCGAUGCAACUCUGCCAUUCCAAAUGGCUAAUUGCGAUAAUUUGUUACUCUACGCAUUUUCAACUUUCCGGACACGAUUUCUCCAUGCCGCGACAUCAUUACAAUGACGUUGUUCAUUCGUGCUGUCGCGGUGUCCGCAUCGUACAAUCGACGUUCCCGUAGCCCAUGAAAACUCGACCACCGAUAGGCAAUGGAGAACGACGUGAUAAGCGACGGCCGCGCAUCUAAUAGUAGCGGAAUAUUACACGAGUGCAAUCCACUUGUACACUCGUAUAUAACAUUUAAGUCGUUAAAACCCGCACGCUUUCUCAUUGUGAUUUUCAGAACGAAACAGCGGGCAAGUAUUUGACGUUUACGCCGAUCACAUUGGUACCGUUCGAACCGAAACUCAUCGACUACUACAUGCUCAGUCCGAAACAAGUGCGUCUAGUAGAAUAUACAAUGCAGUACGAGUAGAGAUAAACAAUUUGAUAGCCUAUAUAAACAGGGUAUAAAGAUGGCGCGGGGUUUUCAGUAAAUUUACCGUCGAUUUAUCCGGGUUACCUUGGCGGCACGGGCGGAAAACAAAAAAACAGUUAUUAUUAGUUGAUAUUUGGUCGUUACGGGAAAGUAGGUACUAUUUAAAGAAAAAAAAAAAAUAAUAAUAAAGAAAAUACCGGGAAACGACGGUCAAUUGUGAACGGGGGGGGGGGGGGGGGGGUUAUUGAAAACGUUUUAUUUCCUUCUAUUACUAUGCAACAGAGUCGUUCCCGUCCGAAACCCGUGCGGGACAGUUUCAUAUUAUACGGGUGUUAUAAACUAUAAUGUACCAAAUGCUUGUUGGCGGUCUUCCGAAUUCGAGUUUCACCGACGAAAAUCAUUUUCGCGUCCCCCGCCAUGGCGCGCCGCUGUCCCGUCAUCACGACGCAAAUCUGCAGCUACGCGUCGACCCCCACACGUUAUCUCCGUAAACUCCGCUCCCCUCCUCAACGCCAAUCGUCGCGGGCUAGCCGGUUUUUUUCUACGGUCCGUUCGCCGGCUCGUUCCGCAACCCAUCGGUUAUUUAUUUCGACGAUACCGCGUUGUAUUAUUAUUAUGCGAAAUAUUAACGCGACGCAUUAUUACAGGUGCGCUGGCUGAACGCGUACAACGAUAAGAUCCGGAAAGAGGUGGGCGCCGAGCUGCUGAAGAACAACCGCAGUCGGCUGGGCUACGAGUGGAUGAUGGCCCGAACGCACCCGGUGUUCUCGGACGGUCGCCGGAACAAUGGCCGUUAUUUGGCGAUCGUCGCGGCCGCCGCCGUCGCUCUGUUCGUCUCCGCCGCAACGGCCGUCGAUUCGCCCAUCCAGACACUGAUAUAA